CUCUUUAUAUAAAUUCUCCAUUUUAAAAUUUUUUAUUCCUUCUUUUUCCCUUCUUUCUUUUUUGUAUUAAGAAAUGGCAACAGUAAAGAGAUCUCACCCAUUCUACUUUGGUGGUGCAGCCUCUUGUGUUGCUGCCAUUGUCGUUCACCCUUUCGAUUUAACCAAAGUUCGGCUUCAAAAUACAAAAGGAAGUGCAAAACUAGGCAUGUUUUCGACUAUGGUCAAAAUUGCUCAAAACGAAGGUUUCAUUAAACUCUAUGCUGGCCUUUCUGCUUCUAUUCUUCGACAAGCCACUUAUUCAACGGUUCGUUUCGGUGUUUAUGAAAAAUUAAAAGAUCUUGUCUCUAAAAAUAAGAAGGCCAAUUUGGGCGAAUUGCUUGUUUGUUCAAGUAUUGCUGGUGCUUUGGGUGGAGCAUGUGGAAAUCCUGGUGAUGUGAUCAAUGUUCGAAUGCAAAAUGAUGGUCAGUUACCACCUCAUCAACGUCGCAACUAUAAGCAUGCUAUUGAUGGAAUCAUCCGUAUAUCGAGAGAAGAAGGUUUCUCUGCCCUUUUCCGUGGCCUUGGUCCCAAUAUCAACAGAGCUAUCUUGAUGACCUCUUCACAAUGUGUUUCUUAUGACAUGUUUAAAUACCUCCUCUUGAACCACACACCAAUGCAAGAUGGUCUCACCCUUCAUUUUUCAUCAAGUGUCCUUGCCGGUCUUGUGGCUACCACCGUAUGCUCUCCUGUUGAUGUCAUAAAAACACGUAUCAUGUCAGCCAGCACAAGUGAUCAUAGAAUGACAUCUACUGCGAUCAUGAAGCAAAUGUUUAAAGCAGAAGGCAUCAGUUCAUUCUUUAAAGGUUGGACACCAGCAUUCAUCCGUUUAGGCCCUCAGACGAUCAUAACCUUCGUUGUGCUCGAGCAGUUCAAGAGUUGGCAUAACAUUUUUAUGGAUAGAAAACAACAAAAGCUGAAUGUAGCUAAACUCUAGAUUGCAUUUCUUAUUUAUUUACAAGCAUUCUCAUGUGUACACCAUAGACUAUUUAUUUUUACCUAUAGACAAUACAACGUAUUUACCCGUAUUUACCCGUAGUUUUCUUUUUGUCUCCGCUUUUGUUCUUGCUGUUACCCAUAUUGACCAUUCGUUUGUAAUACGAUUAAAUAAAUAUUUUAUUAAAGAAAAUGAAAGGCCAUUAUGAACGUUCGUUUGUAAUAGGCAUUUUCAGAAAUUAUGUGC